AUGAGUAGUGCACGCCGUCGCAACGGCAAGCCGGCCUCGUGCGAGCCCUGCCGACGCGACAAGAUUUUCCCGCUGGCAGAAGGGGUUCCGUUUGACCGUGCGGCCCUAGCCAGAGCCAUGGCUAUCAUUAGGAAUGUACCUCCUGGUGAAACGUCGUUUAAUUCGAACACACCAUCGACAUCCAAUGACCAUGCAUCGUCACGAACAUUGGGACCAAGAUCUAAACCGCUGCUAGCGGGUUACUUUGGGCCCACAAGCUUUGUGUCUUCUUUGACUGAUGAUGUAGAUCUUGUAUCUGCUGGGCAGGGGCUGGAUGUAGCUUCAGGCGCGAAGCGCGUCUUGCCACCAUACUGGGUGCAGAAGAUCUCGGAGAUACUAUUGACGCUGGGAGACUUUUCUGUUAUUGAGUCCCUGCUGCGCGAGUACUAUGACUUGAGUCAGAGUGGCGCCAUCCCCGCGCCUUUCAUCUUGAACAGUAUCGGCCCUUUCAAGACAAUGUGUGAAGAAUGCGUCCGCGUGAGAAAUAUUGAGGACUUGGCUUCGUCGAUCAUAGUUCGCAUCAUUCAAAAUACGGCCGAGAUAUUUGAGGUCCCUUCAACCAUGGCUGGAAAGGACUUUCAUCAACUCUUCACGGGUCCCGCUAUUCGCUUGGAGAUGAUUGGGGUCAUCUGCUCCCUCGCUGGUAGAGCACGGUACUUGGGAUUGGCCCGUGAUAAGUUUGACGGUCAAUCAUCUCCUAUCCAAUACGCGCGAAAAAUGCUUGCAGCUAGCGAUGCCGCAUUGCACAUUUGCAAGAUACUUACGCCGCUGAACGAUCUAACAAUCUGGCUCGUGUAUGAGAACCUUUUGCUUUCUGACCUGAUCAACGGAGACUCGAGCCCUCAUUGUUGGAGCAGACUAGGUGACCUAUCGACGGACAUCUUUGCACUUGGUCUUCACCGGGAUGCGAAGACUGAUCAACUCCCAGAGUUUCUUUUCGAGUCGAGACGUAGGCAAUUCGCAGCGGCAUACCAACUUGAUAAAAGUAUCGCGACGUUUCUGGGGCGACCCCCUAGGAUACCUUUGCGCUAUUGCGAUUGCCGGAUGCCCCUCGAUAUCAGUGAUGACGCGCUGGCACCCGAAGAUACAAACCUCCAGUAUUCUCCUACUGACCUUGAUGCUAAUAAUUGGAAUGUUCAUGGUGUCUUUCAACGCUCUUCUUGGAUGAGAGUACGGUUCAUUAUCAGUAUGUUCCGUGACGAGAUACUGGAGGUCUCAUUACAAAAGGUCACGCCCCAAACGGCUAAUCUGCUAAACGACAUCUCUCACCGCUGCCAUUUAGCCUGGGAGUCGUUGCCAGUACAUCUGCGGUAUACACCGCACUCCUGGGGGAACCAAUACCCAGUGGCAGUGUCCUUGCUUCUGAUCGUUUCAUACCUGGCAUAUCUGUACAAUGAUUUCCUCGUUCAAAGACUACUAGCUGGAAAGAAGAACCCAAGAGGAAGCACCGCUUUGCUCUCGAGGGAACAGAUGGUCGACAUUCGACCCGACUUUACAUGGACAAUUCUACUCUACGGGUUUCCAAGCGCCAGCCUCCUCAUCAAAGCCCUUCAGCACCAAAAGCGAACUGGUCAGCCCUUCCUUUACGAAGGAUCUCGAUCGGCCUUACUUCGCAAUCUAAGCGUCUUCAUAUCCCAUCUCGAGACCAUCGUCCGACCUGAUAACUCGAACUACGCACUCUUUCAAAGAGCAAGUCAAGUGUUUUCGAAGAUUAUUGACGAAGUCCUCGAGCCUCAAGAUACGAUUGCAGAUACCGACAUAAGCGAUGCAUCCCUCUUCGACUUUGAUCAGAUGAUACCCGUCGACGGCUUGGACUUGUUCAAUACUAUGGACUUUGGGGUUGCAUUUAACCAGUGGCUAUUUUGA